AUGGGGAGAGCGGCCGCCGCAGGAAGAGGCGCUGGAGGGGCGCGCCGGUGGCUCCCUUGGCUGGGGCUCUGCUUCUGGGCGGCGGGGGCUGCGGCUGCCCGAGGAACCGACAAUGGUGAAGUCCUCCCUGAUUCCAUCCCAUCAGCUCCUGGAACGCUGCCUCAUUUCAUAGAGGAGCCAGACGAUGCUUAUAUCAUCAAGAGCAACCCCAUUGCACUGAGGUGCAAAGCAAGGCCAGCCAUGCAGAUAUUCUUCAAAUGCAAUGGCGAGUGGGUCCAUCAGAAUGAGCAUGUCUCUGAGGAGAGUCUGGAUGAGAGUUCAGGCUUGAAGGUCCGGGAGGUGUUUAUCAACGUCACCAGGCAGCAGGUGGAGGACUUCCAUGGGCCCGAGGACUACUGGUGCCAGUGUGUGGCGUGGAGCCACCUGGGGACCUCCAAGAGCAGGAAGGCCUCCGUGCGCAUUGCCUAUUUACGGAAAAACUUUGAGCAAGACCCGCAGGGAAGGGAGGUACCCAUCGAAGGCAUGAUUGUGCUACACUGCCGGCCGCCUGAGGGAGUUCCUGCUGCGGAGGUGGAAUGGCUGAAAAAUGAGGAGCCCAUAGACUCUGAACAAGAUGAGCACAUCGACACCAGGGCGGACCACAACCUCAUCAUCCGGCAGGCGCGGCUCUCAGACUCCGGGAAUUACACUUGCAUGGCGGCCAACAUCGUAGCCAAGAGGAGGAGCCUGUCAGCCACAGUGGUGGUUUAUGUGAAUGGAGGCUGGUCUUCCUGGACAGAGUGGUCAGCCUGCAAUGUUCCCUGUGGGAGAGGAUGGCAGAAACGUUCCCGGACCUGCACCAACCCAGCUCCUCUCAAUGGUGGAGCCUUUUGUGAGGGAAUGUCAGUGCAGAAAAUAACCUGCACUGCUCUCUGUCCUGUGGACGGGAGCUGGGAAGUGUGGAGUGAGUGGUCGGUCUGCAGCCCAGAGUGUGAGCAUCUGCGGAUCCGAGAAUGCACAGCCCCUGCCCCGAGAAAUGGGGGCAAAUUCUGUGAAGGUCUAAGCCAGGAAUCCGAGAACUGCACAGACGGCCUUUGCAUCCUAGAUAAAAAACCUCUUCAUGAAAUAAAACCCCAAAGCAUCGAGAAUGCCAGUGACAUCGCUUUGUACUCAGGCUUGGGUGCCGCGGUUGUGGCCGUUGCAGUCCUGGUUAUCGGCAUCACCCUGUACAGACGCAGCCAGAGUGACUAUGGUGUGGACGUCAUCGACUCUUCUGCAUUGACAGGUGGCUUCCAGACCUUCAACUUCAAAACAGUCCGUCAAGGUAACUCCCUGCUCUUGAACCCCUCCAUGCAGCCAGACCUCACAGUGAGCCGAACGUACAGUGGGCCCAUCUGUCUCCAGGACCCCCUGGACAAAGAGCUCAUGACGGAGUCCUCACUCUUUAACCCUUUGUCGGACAUCAAAGUCAAAGUGCAGAGCUCUUUCAUGGUCUCCCUGGGAGUGUCCGAGCGAGCCGAGUACCACGGCAAGAAUCAUUCCGGGACUUUCCCCCACGGAAACAACCGCAGCUUCACGACAGUGCAUGCCAGAAAUAAGACGCCCUACAUCCAGAACCUGUCAUCACUCCCUACACGGACCGAGCUGAGGACCACGGGUGUCUUUGGCCAUUUGGGAGGACGCUUAGUAAUGCCAAAUACAGGGGUGAGUUUACUGAUACCACACGGUGCCAUCCCAGAGGAGAAUUCCUGGGAAAUUUACAUGUCUAUCAACCAAGGUGAACCCAGCCUCCAGUCAGAUGGAUCCGAGGUGCUCCUGAGCCCAGAAGUCACCUGUGGUCCCCCUGACAUGAUCGUCACCACUCCCUUCGCCCUGACCAUCCCACACUGUGCAGAUGUCAGCUCUGAGCACUGGAACAUCCAUUUAAAGAAGAGGACCCAGCAGGGCAAGUGGGAGGAAGUGAUGUCGGUGGAGGAUGAAUCCACAUCUUGCUACUGCCUGUUGGACCCUUUUGCAUGUCACGUGCUCCUAGACAGCUUUGGGACAUACGCCCUCACCGGGGAACCCAUCACAGACUGUGCCGUGAAGCAGCUCAAGGUGGCAGUUUUUGGCUGCUUGUCCUGUAACUCUCUGGACUACAACUUGAGGGUCUACUGUGUGGACAACACCCCUUGGGCAUUUCAGGAAGUGGUUUCGGAUGAAAGGCAUCAAGGUGGACAACUCCUGGAAGAACCAAAGUUGCUGCAUUUCAAAGGGAAUACUUUCAGUCUUCAGAUCUCUGUCCUUGAUAUCCCCCCAUUCCUCUGGAGAAUUAAACCAUUCACUGCAUGCCAGGAAGUCCCAUUCUCCCGCGUGUGGUGCAGUAACCGGCAGCCCCUGCACUGUGCCUUCUCCCUGGAGCGCUACACGCCCACCACCACCCAGCUGUCCUGCAAAAUCUGCAUCCGGCAGCUCAAAGGCCAUGAACAGAUCCUCCAAGUGCAGACGUCAAUCCUCGAGAGUGAAAGAGAGACCAUCACUUUCUUUGCACAAGAGGACAGCACUUUUCCUGCACAGACUGGCCCCAAAGCCUUCAAAAUCCCCUACUCCAUCAGACAGCGGAUUUGUGCUACGUUUGACACCCCCAAUGCCAAAGGCAAGGAUUGGCAGAUGUUAGCACAGAAAAACAGCAUCAACAGGAAUUUGUCUUAUUUUGCUACACAAAGUAGCCCGUCUGCUGUCAUUUUGAACCUGUGGGAAGCUCGUCAUCAGCACGAUGGUGACCUUGACUCCCUGGCCUGUGCCCUUGAAGAGAUUGGAAGGACACACACGAAACUCUCGAACAUUGCGGAAUCCCAGCUUGAUGAAGCCGACUUCAACUACAGCAGGCAAAACGGACUCUAG